UCCUCUCUAGCUGGGCUCUGCCUGAGGUCGCGCUGCCCGGGACUCCUGGACCCAUCUCAGCUGCUGUGGAGCCCCGGGGAGAGUCUAGCUUCCCACGGGAGCUGGCGGAGGAGCGGUGAUGACAGAUGGCCAGUGUCCUGAAUCCUUAAGUGCUUGCUUCCCAGAGCCCUGCCUUGUCUCAAAGAGAAGAGAACAAUGACCAAGUUACAGGAGGCGGUGACAUUCAGGGAUGUGGCCGUGAUCUUCAGUGAGGAGGAGCUGAGGCUGCUGAACUCCACCCAGAGGAAGCUGUACCACGAUGUGAUGCUGGAGAACUUCAGGAACCUCCUGGCUGUGGGAGGUCAGAGUCCAUACAAGAUGGAGACCCUUGACUCAACAGGAUUAAGGUACCUGUCACUGGGGUGGCUUCCAUGCUGGCAAAUGACAGGCCACGAUGUCAAGAAACUGGCCAGCACUCCAGAUGUUGUAGUAAACACUCAAGGAAAGAGUUCUCACUUCCUGGAGCAAUGCCACUCCUCCUGCCAUGGGGGAGCAGAACAGCCUUCCCAGGCCUCCAAGGAUGACGGCUGUCUUGAGAGUCUCACAAGCAUUACUGAAAAUCAGGAAUUUCUGUCUGGGAGAAAUCAGAGUUCUUGGAGUAAAACACAUUUUUGUGAGAGAUGGAACUAUGAGAAACACUGUCCUCAGACUCUGGUGGACACUAAGUCUCAGCUGCUGGCUCUGGGUGUUGACAUUCUGAGUUGCUUUUCCUAUCAAGAUAACAAUAUAUUGUAUAAAAGAGACCAUGUCCAUAGCAGUGGUGACUAUGGUGAAGUCAUCUUUCCUUUGUCCUCCCUCACCCAGUCUCCUGUUUACACAGAACAGAAGGCCUACCAGUGCAGCAAGAGCCAAGAAGCCUUCAUUGACUGCUCCAGUCAGGAGAGUCAUCAGCAGGCCCUCUUAGGAAACAAGUCCCCUGUACAUAGUACACACGAGGACACCAGUCAUACCUCCAGUGUCCCCAUUCAACAAAAUGUUCAUCCAAGAAGAAAGCGCUACUGGUGUCAGGAGUGUGGCAAGGCUUUCAGUCAGAGCUCAAAUCUGCAAACUCACCAGAGAGUGCACACGGGGGAGAAACCCUAUACGUGCCCUGAGUGUGGGAAGAGCUUUAACCAGAGCUCACACCUGUAUGCUCACCUGCCCAUCCACACAGGCGAGAAGCCGUACUGCUGCGACAGCUGUGGGAAGGGCUUCAGCCGCAGCACAGACCUCAACAUUCACUGCCGAGUACACACGGGAGAGAAACCUUACAAGUGUGAGGUGUGUGGGAAAGGCUUCACACAGAGGUCACACCUCCAGGCCCAUGAGAGAAUUCACACAGGAGAGAAGCCAUAUAAGUGUGGAGACUGUGGCAAACGCUUCAGCUGCAGCUCAAACCUUCACACGCACCAGAGAGUCCACACUGAGGAGAAACCAUACAAGUGUGACGAGUGUGGGAAGCGCUUCAGUUUGAGCUUCAACCUCCACAGCCAUCAGCGGGUCCACACAGGAGAGAAGCCAUAUAAAUGUGAAGAGUGUGGGAAGGGUUUCAGUUCAGCCUCAAGCUUCCAAAGCCACCAGCGGGUCCAUACAGGGGAGAAGCCAUUUUGCUGCAGUGUCUGUGGAAAGGGCUUCAGUCAGAGCUCUUAUUUUCAAGCCCACCAGAGAGUUCACACUGGGGAAAAACCAUACAGAUGUGAUGUGUGUGGGAAGCGCUUCAACUGGAGCUUAAACCUCCACAAUCACCAGAGAGUCCACACUGGAGAGAGACCAUAUAAAUGUGAGGCGUGUGGGAAAGGCUUCAGUCAGGCCUCAAAUCUGCAGGCUCAUCAGAGUGUCCACACUGGCGAGAAGCCGUUCAAAUGCAGUGCAUGCCAGAAGCGGUUCAGUCAGGCCUCGCACCUCCAGGCCCACCAGAGGGUUCACACUGGGGAGAAGCCCUACAAAUGUGACACGUGUGGGAAAGCCUUCAGUCAGAGGUCCAAUCUCCAAGUCCAUCAGAUAAUUCAUACCGGGGAGAAGCCGUUCAAGUGUGAGGAGUGUGGAAAGGAAUUCAGCUGGAGUGCAGGGCUUACUGCUCACCAGAGGGUCCACACGGGAGAGAAACCCUACACAUGUCAGCAGUGUGGGAAGGGUUUCAGUCAGGCCUCACACUUCCACACGCACCAGAGGGUCCACACUGGGGAGAGACCCUACAUCUGUGGCAUCUGCUCUAAGGGCUUCAGUCAGAGGUCACAUCUCGUCUACCACCAGAGAGUCCACAGUGCAGGCAGUCUCUAGGUUUGUUCUAUUAGGUAGACUCCAUGCUACUGAUUGUUAAAAGCUUCCCCCAGCCCAGAGACUUCA